AUGUAUUUUUGUUCAGAUUUAGAUAAAAGAAGAUUACGUCGAGCUCUCACUGAUAAUAGGCUGGUUAUAACCCAACAUUUUACUGAGAGAACCGUUACACCCGGUGGCGAUAUAAGUAUGCAAUGUGCCGCCACUGGUGAUAAACCUCCUCAGUUUGUUUGGGAGCGAGAUGGAGUUACUGUUUCAAGCAACACAGAUCCUAGGUAUGCGUUAGGACAAAUUAUGACGACAGAUAACUCUGUAAUAGCCCAACUCAAUAUAACAAGGGUUCGAGUAGAAGAUGGUGGAUUAUAUGCUUGUAUAGCGAAAGAAGGUGAACAUGUAGCCAGCAGUGAGAACAGACUGGACGUUUAUGGUCCACCUUACAUUCGGUCACUACCACCUAUUAAGGCACAGAGUGGUGAAUCAAUAAAUCUCAGAUGUCCAUUCUAUGGAUAUCCCAUAAGGAGUAUUGACAAUUCCUGUGAAGUAAAUAAAGAAGAUAAUGGUGCUGUUUAUACUUGUAUAGUGACAUCACCGUCUGGUGAAAUGGCUAGACGUUCGUUUGAAAUACAAGUUAUAGAGGCACCUAUUUUGGAGGAUUUACUGCUUGUCGAAAGAAGUUCGGAAUUAUUCAGUGCACUAGUGAUCAAGAAAGUUGCAUUGGAACAUUGUGGUACAUACACUUGCGUGGCAUCCAACCACGUAGCGAAGGUCAAUAAGUCUACGCAAUUGUAUAUCAAAGUUGCGCCCAAAUGGCUAGAAGAACCAUCAAAUUCGUCUCUCUUGCUCGGAAGAAAAGGCAUUGUAUCAUGCAGUGCGAGCGGCUAUCCACAACCACAAGUACAUUGGAUGAAAAAAGAUGCUCUUCUGGGUACUUGGCAACCUGUCCUUGAACUAGCUGGAGGAGGAAUCCUAAGUCUUCCCAACGGAAGUCUUGUAAUUGAAGAAGUUUCUUUGACAGACGAGGGCUUGUAUUCGUGUAAUGUGGAAAAUGGUGUUGGAACACCAUUGAGCAAAACCGUCUGGAUGACAGUCAAUACUUAUAGCCUAACAUGGAAAGAAGCAAGCGGUCCGUGGCAAGAAGUGUGGUCACCAAACAAAGUACCUAAUAAAUUAUCAAACCUCUCUGGAGUUCAAAAACAUGCGCUGACUGGUCUUAAAUGUGGCACGAAAUAUUCUUUGAGGAUCACAGCUACUAACAAAGUUGGUACAUCACAACCAGCGUAUUUGGAUGUUAGCACGUUGGCCGGACCUCCCAUCGCUCCUACGUCAACGGAGUGGUUCUGGAGCAACUGUUCCCACGUGUUCAUUCAGGCCGCUGGUUGGGAUGACGCGGGAUGUGAGCUCCGAACGUUGGAGCUAGAACACCGGGCUCUUGGAGCGAGGAGCUGGAUGAGGCCUAUCAAUAUAUUGGUAAUGUUUCCUCGUCAGUCAUACACGGGUCACCUCUACCAGUAUCGAGGCUCGUUCGCUCUAUCAGGCCUGUCCGCCGGCACCUGGUACGUGUUACGUAUCACAGCCACCAACGAGGCGGGGAGCGUCACCACCGUUUACAACUACGCGACUAAGAACGAGGAUGGCAGUGAAGUUGGUCCUCCGUCGGAAAUCUUCGACAUCAACAUGUUGGUGAUAGUCUUAAGCUCAAUUCUCCUAGCCGUCUGUCUUAUCUGCUGUGUUUAUAUUCUAGUUAAGAGGCAACGUAAUGUCAACUUAACGGGAUACCGCGACUUAAUAACGGUCGACAAAUCUGAAAGUGGCAACAUAACAGCUAACACAUCACAAAGUAACCUAGCGAAUGUUAAAGAGAAUUCAAUGAACGCUCAGAACAGAAUAUACAGCGCUCCGAUACAUGUUAGAAAUAAUAGUAAACAUGAGUUAUACGAGAUAAGUCCUUACGCGCAAUUCGCUGUCGGCUUUCGAACGUUUGGUCACGCUGAAAACAGUGACGUGCCGAGACACAUCAAAUAUACAGAUACAGGUAGUGAGGACAACGAAACAAGAUAA